GCUGAUUCUGAGGUCAGAGAGAAAACAUACCACUGUUUCGCUGCCAGUCACGCGGACGACUUUAGUAAACCUCCUCAUCUGGCUCCUUUGACGCGAUCGUUUCGGUUUGUCGCUAGAGUGGUCGUUUUCCAAACCCGAGUAACAUUUUAAGUUUGAUAAAACUGUCUCUUCUUACAAAACAGUGAACACAAAAAAAUACGAGGGAACUGAAAGAAAUAAAGCACGGGACACUAGUCAUAAACUAUUGGCAUCAUAAAAUUACAUUUCGUGAAAAUACCCAACUUAUCAGAUUUUGAGCGAGGGAGAGAGAAAAGUGCACGUAACACAACUGACUGAUUGAUUUGUAUCGCAAACAGUCAUCACAGGGAAGGGCAGUUCGAGUUUAUGCAGAUCCUAAUUCACUUACCACUAUGGGGUUGGCUCAAGAAGGACGAAUCCACCCGUGAAAUCUUGCCGAGAGAGGAAGAGGACGAGACGGAAGUAGUCGCAGAAGAAGAGGAGCCUUUGAGGGAAAGCCCGCCUUUGCAUUCUCCCGACCACCAUGACUCUUGUCCCUUCGACUACCUCCUGAGCGUGAAACCUUCUGACCUUUCCGACGAAGAGAUGGUGCAGAGGACAGGAUCGAGGGACAGUCCCGUUCGAGGACGCAGAAUAAGCGACGCGACCCGAGGGCGCGGUAAGACCGUCAGGUUUGUGGACAACGAUCGGGAGGGGAGCGUGGGAGGCGCCACGACGGAAUUUCAGAGGCCUUACUUCGACGGGCGAGACGACGAAGGAGAAGGAGUUCGGAGGGGAAGGUUCUAUCGGAGGAAAGACGGGAGGUUCGUCCUCAAGAAAGACCGGCCUUUGGACACGCCGGGAGUGUACGGGCCUAUUCCCUACAGUAGGACCCAGCCGAUCAGCCCUCAGGAUAUCAUAAGAAAUAUCCGCUAUCCAGACUGGUCCGUCCACAGGGAGAACCACGAAAACUGCCCUUUUAGGGAGAUCAUGCGGAUACGUCCGGCCAAGGCGCCUCCACUCCGAAGGACAAGUCCCCGAAGAGAAGCACAUCGGCUGGCAGCGUCGGCAGACGCGCAUCUUCCCCAAGUACCAGACGAUCAGACGGUUACGUGGAUAUGAGCGUGAAGGGCAUUGGGGCGUCCGGCGGGGGAGGCUGGAAUACAGUUGAUGGCAACGGAUGGCACUCUGGAAAAGAGAAGUCAGCGGACAAAACACGGCAGCGACACGGCAGUGCUACCGAGGACGACACAGGCAUGUGGAGGAAAUGGUCGCCAACCAAGGAGAGCCCCAGUCGAGGGUGGGGGCGAGGCAGAAGAAGAACUGUCAGCUUUGCUGACAUUCCCUCUUCUGCCACCAAUGGAGGGUGGCCGAAGGCUUACUACAGUUAUCCAGAGCAUGGCGUUGGAUGCAAGUUCAGAAGAGUGCCCAACCCACUCCCCUGGUACUUGCAGUGUGACGUCACGGAGCCGGGACCGAUCUUCUUUGGGGUCUUGCCCGGUCUUUACGUCGGCAAUUUCCGGGACAGUAAGGACCCAGAGCAACUGAAGACCCACAACAUAACGCACAUCCUCUCGAUUCACGACAACGCCAGGAAACUCCCCUGCAACAGUGACAAAGAAUACAUGUGCGUCGUGGCCUCUGAUUCGCCGGGACAGAACCUGACUCAGUAUUUUCCUGCCUGUAAUGAUUUCAUCCACACGGCUCGACUGAAAGGCGGAGGGGUCCUUAUCCACUGCUUAGCAGGAAUGUCACGCUCCGUGACGGUAGCGGUCGUGUACGUGAUGUGCGUGACGUCACUCAGCUGGCGGGACUCCCUCAAGGCUGUGCGCGGCGCUCGCAAUGUAGCCAACCCAAACGUAGGGUUCCUCAAGCAGCUGCAGGAUUUCGAGAAUGAGAGGCUUGGAGAAGAGCGCCGAAGGCUGAGGGCCAAGUACCACAACGUCACCCUCGAGGACGAGGACGAGCAGAUGGCCAAGCAGCUCUUGGCUUCGUACUACCACUCGAUGAGCAUCGGAGAGAUGUGCGAAGGGAACUGUCCUCCAGGAGUGGCAUGCCCCAGGGGCCUCUGCCACCCACCGAGGAGGGUCGGCCUCUUUAGGAGAAAUUCUCGUGACAGUACGGGCAGUCGUUCUUCGAGUCCCUCUCGCCACAGAUCCUCCAGUCCUUCAAGAGGCUCUAACAGCCCUGGUAGUUCCCCAGUUUCCCCUCGUCGGAGCAGUCCCACGCCACCUUCCCCUCUUAUCCGACGGCCCUCGCACAGCAGAAGCAGCUCUCCCCAACUUUCUCCUCCUCAGUCAAUGUCACCUAGUUCCCAUCGACGCAGCUCUUCCCCUCUUACUUCCCCCAGGCACGGAAGUGCACCUACUAGCCCUAAUCACAAUGUCUCACCUGUGCGAUCAAUGAGCUCCUCUCCACUCAAUUCUCCAGUCUAUGGCUCGCCACUACCUUCUCCAAAGAAUACUUUUAUACCAACCUUUGGAACAAGACAUUCAUAUACAUCACCACCAGGCACCCCAACCCGAUCAACUUCACCAGUAGGUUCCAGUAGACGAAGCAGUUCUCCGUGUUCUUCUCCCAAAAAAGUGUCAUCUGCCCCAAACUCUCCUCAACAUUCUGGUUCGUCUUAUUCACCUAAGAACAUUUUCAGGAAGUGCUCUUUGUGGAAUCAUUCAAAGAACAAUUCUCAGAGUAAAUCCUCGAAAUCUAAUUCUGAUCAUCAUGACGUAGACAAUUACACUGACUCAUUAAAAAAUAAAAAGGAAGAACAUUCAAAACAGCCUGUUAAGCAAGAAAUCACGAAACAGACCUCUCUUCCUCUCCAACCAACACAGCGACUCUCACCUAACCAACAAAUUUACAGGCAAAACUCUCUUCCACAACAACACAGCCAGUCACAACUUACACCUCAAUACCAGCCCUCCAGCUAUGGCUCUUAUCUCCACAUAUAUCGUCAAUCUUCCCUUCCAGAGGAGGAGCCCGAAGAGUCUCUUCAGAUAUAUGUUUCUCCCUUUAGUUCUCCCCAGAAUCAAAGAUAUCGAUGGGUAACUUGUCACGUGCCUACUAAUAAUCAGCAUUCACAGGAAAGUGAACUGCCACCAUGUCCUUACAAUGAGUUGUUUAAACAGGCAUCUAUGCAAGAACCAAGACAUGAAACAUCUGCCAAACAAAAUAAUGUAAAUAAUUCUAAUUCAAAAGUAGAUAAUAUAAAUUCUGUCAAUGACUCUGAUGAGAAAGAGAAAAAGAUAAUGAGGCAGUCUUCGCUUGACCACUAUAUAAAGACUAAAAAAGAACCAACGAAACCUUUAACAAGACAGACUUCCCUCCCAGAAGGAUCAUUAAAUGCAAAUACAAAUUCUCCCCAGCGAAGACCUCCCCCUCCACCAAUUCCAGAAUAUGCCAAAGUUGGUUGCCGUAAACAUUCCCUUGAUAGGCAAAACUCUUUUUCAGGCAAAGGUACAAAUAACAAUGCUGAAAUUCCACCAGUUCUCCAUGUGCCCAUAUUGCCAAGGGUUCCUCCUCCAUUGCCUCCAAAUAAACCACAGUACAUGCCAAACAGUUCCAAGUCAGCUCAAAGUAAAACAUUAUCAAAUGAAGAACAUCUUGAGAGUAAUACUAAAAACAACCUUAAAUCAGAAUCUCCAGCAAAAACUCACCAGACAGCAGUGCCUAAGGAUGAACAAAAGCCUGAUAUGCAAGCAAGGAUAGACAAAAGAAAUGAGGCUGAGAUGAACAAGAGUAAUUCUAAUGAAUCACCAGUAAAGAAAUUAGCUAUAGCAAACCAAAACAGUCCAGCAAAAGAAUAUUCUUUGAGCCAAAGCCCCAUCACUGUACAACAGGUAAAAUCAGAUACUUCAACCAGACAAGAUAAGUCUGAGUUUUCAAAGCAGUGCAGCAGUUCCGUUGGUUCUCCCACUAAAAAGCAAACCAAACCAGAGUCUCCAAAGAAGCAAAGUAGGCAUCAUGAUUCGCCUUCAAAGUCAGAAAAGAUUCCUGAAUCACCUAUUAAACAUGAGAAAAAGUUAGAAUCUCCUUUGGUUCAUAGAACACCUCCUGGGUCCCCAAUUAAAAGGCAGGUAAGAUCAGAUUCUCCUUUGAAACAAGAAGGAAGACCUGAAUCUCCUUUGAAACAUGAAAGCCCAGUUGGGUCUCCUACCAGAAGACAAAAGAAACCAGAACCUCAGGUUAAACAAGACAAAAGACCAGAAUCUCCAAUCAAAAAAGAGUACUCGGGAUCUGCUACUAAAAAGAGAAACAGCACAGAAGCAUCUGUUAAACCAGACAAAAAACCUGAACCAGUGCUUAAAAAGGAGAAACAACCAGAUUCUCCUUUGAGUAAAGAACCAAUAUGUACUUGUGGUGGAAAAGUAAACCAAACUUCAAAAGGACAAGUCUCAAUUGUGAAACAGGCAUCAAAAUCAAGUCUCCUACAAAAUCAGUUAAAUGUUGCUGCGUCUGCUCAAACAACAACGUGCUCACAAAAUUCACAGUCUUUGCCGAAUACAACAGUUCUACCACAAACAAAGGACUCCCAGUCUUCAUCACAGAAACCACCAUGUCCACCUCGAAAGGCUGUACCAUCAUCAGUUAACUCCUCAGAUGGUAGCAAGGAAACCACCAACAAAUCUGGUCAAGUAGUUCUGACAAAAGAGCUUCAAAAUAAAUCAUCAAUACACUCUCAGCAACAGCUUUCAAAAAGGAUCAUUGAAGCAAAAUUGCCUUCUUGCCAAAGAGACUCAAAACCACCCUCACCGGCAAAGGAACAAGUUUCAAAGACAGUAAUAGCAGCCAAACAACAGACCACUGCUGUGAAAAGUCAGUCAACCAGUUCUAAGGUAAUAGAUUCGAAAGACCAACUCAAUUUGCAAAAUCAAAGUGAACAUACUAUGAAAUCAAAUCAGGAAAAGGAGCAACAUCAUCAUCAGACACAACAGCAUCAAGUUCAUCAUUCGAAAGAGGAGAAAACAACAAGUACCCAAAAACCUAAUAAUAAACAGGAGCCUUUGCCAGAUCAUAAGAAAGUCUCAGAAAAUUCCUCAAUAGUAUCACAUUUUGCACAAUCAAAACCAUGCUCUAGUAUUUGUGAAACAAAAGAGUCAGGGCCUUUGCCAGUAAUAUCAAAACACGUAUUGCAUAAUCCACAUGUCCUUCCCAAUCAGAGUUCAGUCUUUACUCCUCCAAAGCAACCAGUACCUAUUCAACAACAACCAAGGCCUACUCCUCCUUUACCACCUUCACCUAAACCAACUGUGGCAAUGUUAUCUCAGUCACAAAAUCCAAGAUCUUGUACACCUUGUUUACCAAUACAGCCUUGUCCAAAUCCAGCUGUAGCUGCACAAGCCAGUGGCUCAGCCAAAGUGGUGAUAGCAGUGGCAGCUGUGCAACAACCAUCCACUACUGUCCCUCCUACAGGAACAACAAACAGCCAUCCACCCCCAGUUCCAAAACAACGUCCUUCAUCUCAUUCAUCUACUGUAUCUCCAAACAUACCAUCUGUGAAAGCCAAUUCGUCCGCAGAUUCCGGCCACAGUAGAGAAUCUGUUGUUGCGCCAACGUCAGCAUCAACAACAUUGUGUCCAACUGUACAGUCUAAUACACCAAAAUGCCAAUCAGGAAAAAGCAUAGAUAAUAAUGAUUCAAGUAAAGUUAAACAAGCACAUAAAAUUAAUACAGACAAACAGAAAACAACUGGAAACCCCAAACCUUCAGAGAAAGAUGCUCCUUUAACUCCACACAAACCCAACCCAGCCCAAACCAAACCCCCAGAAACUGGUUUCAAAAGUCCUGGAAAGGAAGUCUUCAAGACUUCCACUCUUAAAGACUCUCCAAUGACCUGCUGUUCUCCUCUUCCUCCCUUACCAAAUUCUCCCAAACCAUCAGUGAACAGCAAGCAAGGCCUGAAUUCUCCUAAAAUUACAAAAGCCCCAUUGGCACAGUGACAAUCAGCUUUUGUUGUGUUUACAACUAUUCCCUUACUUAAUCUCUACUAACCAUGUUUUAUAUGUUUUUCUAUGUGCACCUAAAUGUCUAGGUAAAACUUUUUGUAUAAUUCUGAUUACCCUUUCUUUAGAUGUAACCAGUCACAAGACGAGACUCAAAAUAAACCAGAGAAACUCAUGGUUGCUAUAAACAAAGCAGAGCUUAGUGGAUAACUUAGCACAUUUCAUUAAAAGCACUAGAUUUAGAGUCCAUUGUAAAUUGUCAUAAAGCUUCUCAUUUAUCACCACAUGCUCCAUUCAACUUGAAUCACUCAUUUAUGUUUACCAUUGCUACUUUCCUCUAAGCCCGAAGUAGAGAUGCCUUAAACCUAAGUACCUUAUUUUGUAUCUUGUCUGAAGGAAAAGGGAAAAAGCUGUCAUACAUCGAUCCCUUACUAAGUUCUACCUCACAUUGCUGAUACCUUCUCUCCGUGUAGUCUCCCUGCUUCAAGUAAUAAUGGAAUGGAAGUCUCUUGGAUGCUGACAGCAUUUCAAAGUGGUAAGAGGAUGUCUGCUCCGAAAGGUGAAAGUGAAGCUCUGUUGACUACUUUCUUGAAGUAUCCUUUUUACUUAAGUCUUAGGAAAUUCCCAUCUAACUAAUGCAGUGCAAAAACAAACAGCAUAAUGUAACCCAAAAUAUAUUUUAAGUGAAAGUGCUCUAAGACUGUACUACUUAUUUUGGAAGUCUCAGAAAUCAUCAGAGAAAUUAGGUGUCAUGAAAAGUCUAAGAAUUCGAUGAAAAUGUUCAGAUCUCACCUGCUUGAAGUUGGAGGGUUAGAAGUAUUAACAAGUUGAAUUUUUAUGUCAAUCUGAAGAUGAACAUUCAUCUAAUUAAGGUAGUUUAACCAUUUUGUAGUCACAGUCUGGUAAUAGGUUUGCAGAAUAUUACUGAUUACUCGCUGGUACGUAGAAUCCGACAAAAUGGUUUGUGAUUUACUAACAUAACUCUUUCCUUUGUUUCUUGGCCAAUAGUUUUAUAUGAAUAUCAGCAUUUUGUAAUUUGUUACAUAAAAAGACUGGAGUGAACUCUUCUGUCAUCUUGAAUAGACACUGCUGCGCUCAAAUAAAUGUAGUAAGUAGUAGGCUGCCAGUAAUGAGUUUGAAGUGACUGCAGGACUCCAUAGGUGUCCAAGAAGAGCUGCAGCACCACACAAGCAAUCUACUGUGAUUAAUAAAAUGCAUUGAUUUGCAUGAUAAUGAUAGCUUUAUGUUAUUACUGUGAUUCUGAUUGCCACCUGAGGUAUUAGAAGGUAUGAUUAUCAUAGUCUGAACUUUUCCCUAAGAAGCAUUGACGAUUAUAGUACAAUACCAGGAAUAUGAUAAACACUGCAACUCGCUACAACAAAGUUUAUGUAACACAACAUAUCUUUUUAAUGGUGUCAAUUGUGGGGAUGACUUCGUCCUUUUGUGCUAAGCUAAAGGCAGAGGGAACUGAGGCCUCUGUUGUUUACGUACUUCAGCAGGAGCCCACUGAAACAUUCCCAUCUUUAAGAUGUCCCACCUGCAAGGAAAAAAAAGAAGCUUUUUGUGAUAUAGAAAUGUUUUUGAAAUGGACAGUCUAGACAUUUUUGCAGUUUACUUGUGUGAUUGUCCUGGUCAGCUGUAGUCCCUGUAGGACGUGUUCAGCUUCUUGUAAAUUUGUGAUAAACAGUGAAUCGUACAUUCUUGCAAAUCAUGCUUGUGACUUGGACUCCUGUAAGUGACUCAUAUGUGUUGAAAUGCUUCAAAGUGGUCAUUUGAACUUUUAGCCUUGUCUAAUAACCAGCACUUAUACUGUACCACACUGGGAGCUCAUGCAAAGCUAUUUUUGCAUGUAUAUGUAACAAAACUUGGUGCGGACGUCUUUUGACAGAAAUGUAACUGUACAACUUUUGUCUUACUGCCAAUGUUCAUUAUAUAGCGGCUUAAUUGCAAUGACAUGCUGUACAGUAUUUCUGAUUAGGUCUUCAACCCCAGUCACAGGUGCCAUAGCGUGGAACAGAGUUGUACCAUCAAUCAGUAAGGGAUCACAGUGAGGUGAUGUUAAGCAUCACCUCCCAUGAAUUUUAUGUGAACAUUCAUUCAAAUAUGUGGAAUCACCUUUGCACGGACACAUCAUUCACUCACUUUCACAUACACACACACACACACACACACAUAACGAGCCAGUGUUAGACACCGGUUCGUUUCUGUCCUCAUCACUCACAAUGUAUAUUCUCAUGAGCCCUCCUAGAGACCCUUCAUAGUUACCUCUGGUGCACAUCUCCACUCACUCCCUUUCCCCCUACCAUUUCAUUAGAAGCAUCAUCUGUGAUAGAAAUGGUUUAUUUUUGUAGGACAUUGUAUGCUAAUAGUCAUGUAUGUUCUCUCAUUUGCCCUCAAUAUCUUAAACUAAUAGUCAAUUUAGAAUGCUGUUAUCAUAUUACCAGCUACCUAUUCCAAAGCAAAGAAAAUGUCGAAUUUCAUCUGCUAUGUGUAAGAAUCAUUAAAGGUUCGAUGUCGCACUUAGAAAACACGGAAGAGACUUCUGGCCUGAAUCCUUGUUAUCAGAAUAAAGUUUAUAUUAGUCUGUCCAAUUUGAGUUCGUCUCUUGGGCCAGAUAACAGUAGAGCGCAGAUUGUUCGUUGAGAAGUAAAAUAUUGACAAGAGAUAACUUUAAACACCUAUAUGAGGUCAGUUAAGUGCGGUAUUACUUCAUAAAAAAGAAUCCUGUUCAUUGACAAAAACAUGAAGAUUUAGUGUAAUCCCAAUCGUAUUUUCGGUGUGACUCAAACUUUUUCCAGCUGCAUGGUAUUGUCACUGCUAAUCAAUUUGCUUGGUUCACUACCAAAUAACUCUUUCUCUUAAUGUCUCUUAAUGACAUUUGGAAAAUUGCAAGCAUGAGGCGUCAACCUAUAUCAGCAUUUUGGGUUUUUGACUCAGGCUCUAAGUGUCAGAAUUGGUCCAGGAAAUUGAAAUUCCUGUAUCACUUCAGAAAAUCAUUUGGAUUUUUGUUGUUGUUGCAUAACAUAAUUGCUGAACAUACGCUCUAAACAUGUAAUGCAUUAUAAAAAAAACUUAAAAUUUUGUACUGGAGUAUUUGAGAUGUUAAUAGAAUGUACCCCAUUUUGCUGAUGCCUCGUGGCUUAAGUAUUCUCGUUCUGAAGUAAUUAUAGACCACGCCAGUAGCUGUUCUUUACUUCUGGAGGUGCAUAGUGAACUUAGCUAGCAAAACCUCUACGUAAGAUAAUGAAUAACCGUUUUAAUGAAUAUCAGACAGCACCUUCUCCAAUCCUUCUUCAAGGAACUCAACCGAUUGCAAGUAUUUAGAUCUUUCUUAGUUUGUAAUCUUACGGUGUAGAAAAUACUCUCAAGAAUUUUCCAGGUGAAACUUACCGUUAGCGACAGAAAACGAUUUAAUGACUCAUAUGUGAUUUCACCUGUCAUCAGGGAACUCAAGAACCAUUCAUAUAUGCACACCAUAUACACUUUGUCUAGACACAGCGCAAAGAAAUCAGUGUGGGUUAUCCAGAGUCAGGGAACCUCCCUUCAUGCCAUUGCAAUGCACCGAGUUCAUUUCCCCCCAGUUAAUGUGUCUGAUGAUAAUUGUAUCAAUUUCAGGUGAAUUUUUCUCUUAAUGUGAAUAUCCUCUUGUAAAACAAUGCUUUCGUGUAUGUUAUAUGUCAGAAUGAUAAAUUAAGAAGAUCGAACUCAGCAGAAAUUACAAGCUGAAAUAUUCAACGCGUCAACAUUCCACUGGACAAAUUCCUUGCUUGAGAUGCUGCCCUUGGAAUUGUGAGUGGCCCAGGUUUCUAUGAAUAAACAGGAGCUCGAUCCUCAAGGGUAAGAUCGUGACCUACCUACCAGAUGUAAGGCUGUUUCUGAUUAUGUGCUUGUGGAUUCAGGUCAUGUCCUAACAAGGUCCUUUGAUUAAUUUGCUGGAAUAUAUUUUACAUGGAUAAUUAUGACAACUUGGUUGGUCGUAGCGAUGGUAACGGGGUAACAUGUAUGUAUUACUCUCGUACUAGGUAUAGCGACGUAUAUAGGCAGCAUUCCUUGGUACUGAGAUGGUCAUCAUUUUUCCCGUACAUUCGCGGUGGGUUAUUUCUAUCUGAUAAUGAAAGCUGACAAACUUUGCCCUGCAAGUAUCCUUUCUCUUAAAUAUUCCCUCUGCUUCUUUUGCCGUUGAUUGAAAUUCACACAGCAUCAGGCACUCGUGCUUGUGAUCGUUUUUCUUUGUAUAAAUAUUAACAUAUCACUUCAUUAUCUUUGUGAAAUGGCAUGGAAGGGACGUCUAAACAGCAGUUAGCAGGCAUGAAUGCCAUUGCAUUCAAAUGAAGCAUUAAUGUAUGCCUCUGAACCAAUUGAUACUCUUGUGCUGGUUACUAUGUGUCGACUAAUAAUCGGACAAAAAGGAGGUUCACAGGAAUGAGCUACAUUUUUCUUCAAGAAACGGCAGCACCUGUUGAAACUGUUGUCUCACUCUGUCAGUUCUGUCUUUUAGUUAGUUAUAACAUGAAUUGACACUUUCACUAGAUUAUACUUGAGUAAAACACAGGAGCUGUUUAUAGGCUUCCAAUCACAGAUGUAAAUGCUUCUUUUGAAUUAAUUAUUGUAAAUGAAGCACAUCCCCUUGUUCUUUGCUAUCGUUAUCUCAGACCAGAGUUUUAGCGUUAUUUUGAGUGAUUUUCUAGCCCACAUUUCUUCGAGAGCCUAAACAUCCUGGAAUUCUGGUUAAGUUAGAGAGUCCCAUUCCUGGAUUUGUCUUGUUAGAUGUCUUAGUGUAUUGAGGUGUUCGUUCGGCCAUUGUGACUGUUAUGACUAAUCUCUAAAAUAAUGGUGUUUUGAAAGUGGUGUUUUGAAAGAGCUGAACUGCUCGUGGCCAGUACUGCCAAUUCUACAGUAUAAAAGCUCAUUGUCUAACUAGUGCGCAGCAUCUGCUACAACGGUUGCCAUCAUAAAUAAAGUACUCAGCAGUAGAUAACUGAAAAUCAUGCAGUCAUUGUGCACUCCGGCAAGCACGCGCCAUGGCCAAUGUUUACUCGGCCAGUGCAACCCACUUUGAGAAACCAGUGAAGGAGCAGCGAGAGCAAAGAGCUUGCACAGCAACCAAGCACCGCAGCCGCAUCAAGAAGAAACCUGAAGAGCUCAUCACGCGAAUCUCCAGAUUGGGGAUCUGAACUCACGCCAGCUGCCACCAUCACCACCAGCAGCAACAACAACUCAUCAACUAGAUAUUCAUAGCUAAGCAGGCAAUAUUUGCUUAGGGACUUGCAGGUCAAUGUUAUAGUAUUAAGAGAUCACGUCAUGUAUUGAAGACUCAUAUAUAGUUGUGUACCAUUUGUACUCUAAGGUGUAUUGAAAUGUUACAUUAUCAAAUCGUAUAUUGUACAUCAACAUAAAUCUAAACACACAUACCAUUUAUAAAUCAUUCAUGCUUAUCUACACGCCCAUUAGUAUGUACAGAGGUUUUUCAUUCUUUUGUGUAUAUAAAAAUUCAUGAACUCAUCUUAUCUUUACUCAUAUUUAUCUCUGACACCACCUUGGAGUUGUUAAUUUUCAAUUGUUAAUUAUUCAAAUGUUCAAUCUAUGAGAAAAUGAAUUAUUGUUAUUGUUGGUAAAAAUCUUUUAUUGUAAAUGAGGGAAAAAUUAAGAAAAUUUUUGUAAUAUGAUUGUUAAGGCCUUUACUUAUGUAAGUUUAUGAAGUGGAGAAAAGCACACGAUUCAGUUAAAAGGAAAUAAUCUGGAUGAUAUCAGAGUAUUGGGAAGUGGUUAAUCUUACUAGCUAGCACCAUAGGGGUCGGGAAAGGAUGACUUUACAGGGACUAACCAGUCAGAAUGAUCAUAGAACAUCAACAUCUAGCUACUUCUAGCAAAUACUGUCAGGAUUACGAAAGAUUAGUUCCCUGGAGGUACCCAAAUUAGGGUGACGUCAGAGUAUCAGCCUCUGGCUAUAUGCGGAUAAUUUAUUGACGUCGUCAGGAUCUGGAGAAAAUCAGUUAAACAGUAGUAUUUGCCGAAGAAAGUUAGACGUACUUAAGUAAGUACACUUAAAAAGUUUCCUAGAAUCAGUUGUCUGACGCCUUUGUAAAUGUGCGUUUAUAAGUCAAUAAUAGAAAGCGAGAAGAAAGAUAACUCUGCCUUAGACGCACAGUUUGUAUCGUUCCAGAGUGCGACCUUAGAUUUAGUCUGCAUCUUCAUUCCGUUGGUUGGAUUGUCCGUUUUCUUUUCGAGUCUGUCGUUCGAUUGUCCCCAUUUAGUCUUAGUGAGGUUGGGUACUGAUUCUGGUCCUUGUAAAGACAGUGACAGCGAGUCAUAGGACACAGUUGCAGAUCUGAACGCUGUAGUUGUGGGGUUAUGACUCGUUUGGCUGAAAGAGUUUUCGUUUCCUCUAUUGUCAUCAUAAUUAUUAACAUUUGAGUCAGUAAAAGUCAUUGUUUAAGUAAAAGUUGAAAUGGUGGCGAUAAUCACCAUAGGAAGUUUACUUUGGAGUCGUAAACUUCACUAUAAAUCCUACUUUUGGCCUUUGAUAAGUCUUCGGUGUUUUUAUGGCCGGUGGACUACCCACGAACCUCAGGUCUAACCAUCUCGUUAAUUGUAUUACCUUAUAUUAAUCUUCAUUGAAUCUCAUUUUGCUGAAAGAAAGGAUAGACUCACAGAGGUCAGAGGUCCAUUGAGAUUGCGAGAUAAACCAUUUUCCAGCCAACAAAUAUUUAUGGAAACUCGACCUUAACCCAGACCUCACUAUAAUGGAAUUCCAGAACAGUUACUAAAAAAUUCAUUGACAUUUUUUUUGGGGGGAGGGGUCUUAUUUUUAGUAGUCUUGACCUUCAGCAGUUAUAUAGAAUUCAACCCUUUUUUUUUGCUCCAUGUUUUUGCUUGAAGUUUAUCCAUGAAAUGAAGAUAUCGUUGAAUCCUAAUUGUUUUCUUUCAAGAUAGAGGACAGUCCAACUGUAAUUCUAGUGAGCAAUCAACUCGACAAAGGACCAGAAUCUCAAGUCAAACCUCACUUUAGUUUCUCCUGAGUUUCACAGUUUGGAUGUUGGUAGAGAUUAAAGUAAACCUAAUGUUAGACGACAUUAAGGUUUACUUUUACUCAUCAUGUGCCUUUCUAUUCCGAAUGGGAAACACUUCGCACACGGCUUCACAGUUCUCCUGUUGACAUCAUACCCGAGGCGAUGCCAAUUUGGUCUACCGUCCUUGGAAUACACUUCUUUUGGACUUUACAUCGGAUUGGCAUCGUUUGGCCGAAUUUCCACGAUGAUGCCAACUCGGAGGGACUUUGUUCUCCUGCGCGAAACAUGUAUAAAACAAAUAGUUUAGUUUACUUCAAUGCAAUCGACAAGUUCAAAGCGGGUCUCCUGGGAGGGACAACCCCACCAUGGAGCCCGCCUAGUGUCAUUCAUGAUUUUAUGUUGUUGUCUUGUCCUUUUGUUUUUGUUAGCGUCGUGGAUUGUUAGUCGCAGUUUUCAAAGAGAGGCUCGUGGAAAAGUGAAAUGCCAAGUCUGCUGCGAAAGACCAGAUAAUCAUUAUCGCGGUCAGAAAUAACAAGCGUCAAAAUGAAAUGAAAUAGAUGAUGAAUCCAGUACCUUAGGAGUAAGGAGAAAUUUUUGCACAGGUGCUAAUUAGUAGCCUUUGAUGGAAGUACAGCCUUGACCAGCUUCAGUUAGGAUAAGAUGGAGUGUUUAUAGGGACAUAUUUCUUAAGGUAUUAUCAUGUCAGUCACAAAAGAAUACUAUGUAAUAAACGAAAUCGUCGAUUGUCAUUUACAUUUUAAUAAUGAUUGUUAUGAUAAAAUUCUUCUUUUCCUUCGUCUUCUUCUUCUUCUUUGUCUAUUGGUCAAACUUCAGACGGCAAAUUACAAUUAAUGUGAUACGGGUCGCAAGUUCUCUUCUGGUUGGUCAUUACUUAAACGUGUCUGCAGUCAUUUUGGAUCUUUCCUAGAUAGUGACCCCUAAGGGUUUUUGGGGGUCGCUUUCCAAGACUAAUAUUUCUUGGAGGUCAUUAUCUUUAUGGUGUUUACAGUCUUCGGUUUUAUGGUUUUGCAGCAAUCCCCAGCGGCCUUGUACUAAACUCGCCGCAAGGGUGGAUACAUACCGAAUUAAAACCCUUGGGGGUCAUUAUUUAGGAAAGAUUCGUCAUUUUCACUACUGUACAAAAAGUAAAGACGAGAUUUAUCUAAAAAAACAAACGGCACACAAACCCUUGGAACAUCCACUGGACAAGCAACCUGAUUCCAGUAUGUCUCUCAGGGAAACGGCGAACAAUUAUAUAUGAAUUGUUUUUGUUAAUUAUAAAUGUUACUCAGACUCAGACUGACGCGUUACCAUGACCAUGUCACAGCCACAAGCAUCUAUUUAAUUGUCUAAUUGAAUUUUAUAAGGCGCCUGUUGUUAAAAGUUUCAUUACUUUCAAAACUCCUGACUAUAAGGAAGAAAAUCUGCAGCUUUUGUCCUCUAAUGAUACAUCAACUGCUCCUCUAGUUAUUCAAUAUGUGAGUUCCAAUUAGACAAGCAUUAGAGAUUUUUCGUCAUUGCUGAGAUCGUCUGAUACUGUAUAACAAAUCUUAAUGAUCUGGAGCAUCUUUUGCAACUCCGUAGGUAAACCGAUAUGAAUACGAAGUGCCACGUUCUUCGUCUUAUAAUAAUGUGCAAUUAGUGGUGAAGCAAUAUUCUAGGAUUCCAUACCACUUUCUUGUCUUUACAGUGGACUUCAAAUGCAGUUAAGAAAUGACCAAGCAGAGAGGCGGUAACGAAUGUAAAUUUUCUCGGCUAUUGUUAAAUGUGUUCUACAGUUGUUGUUGUUAUCACGAUACUAUUUUUCAGUGUUACGGGACAAUAAAGGCUAUGUAACGGGAUUUUAAAAAAAGGAAAAAUGAGAAACGGUUGUAUAAAAACGUGUAUCUCUCUUUCUCUCCCUCUUUUUCUCUCUGUCUGGUGUAGAGAAGACUGCGGUCUUCUGUUGGUUUAUACUUUCUCUGCGACAUGAAGCUUAGCUGUUGCCUAUCCAAAGUCUUCUUCCUUUUUAGAAAAGGAAAGGUGAUCAUUUAACUGGAUUUCGAAGUCAUUGUAAAACUUAUCCCUGUCAUUAUUCUUGGUCUCUUCCUUUAAAUAAAGGAGUCUAAACACUGAAACUAUACAAGGCAACUCUGGAAGUAGACGAAAAAUAUCACCUUUAACUUUUAAGUCUAAAACGGAGGAAUUAAGCUCAGCGGGUCUGUGAUGGAACGUAGUGAACAGGAAUCUCGACCGCAUUUCUCGAGUGCCGUCAUGAAAUACUCAUUUAUUUAUUUUGAAGCAUUUUCAAUAUCUUUCUACGUCUUACUAGCAUUUUCUUCCCUGUUACUCCGACAAUAAUAAAGACUAGAAGUUCAUCUACUCAUUCCGAGAGUAAAGAUAACGAGAUCAUUCAACUGUGCCGGAGGCCUUAGGGUAUCUGUGUGACUACCUCCGUUGACACUGGACCACUAAAGUAUUGGCAUGUCUCAGACGUAGGCUAUACUGUCUCCUCCCACCCAAACCCCAGUCCUGCCUUCAACAUUUCUGAUAGGCCACUCCGACCCUAAACCCAAAAAGAAAAAGAGUAACAUCCUACAUCUAGACGACAGUUUUUUCUUUCCUUAAUCGAAUAAAAUCAAUUGAUUCUUGAAGCUCUCGUCUCGGAAGCAUAUCAAUGAGAGAAAUACUUGAUCCUGCGACCUUCGCCAUCCAUCACGGACCCUCAUUAAGUAGUGACUCUCUUCUUUACUUAGAUGAGAUGCAACUGAGAAUUUCUAAUAAUGGUGAUGAUCAUCACAACAUGCCUCUAUUAGUUUGACUCUCCUAUUAGCGCAUUGUUGAUUAAGAGAACCUUAAAAAGCUCUUCUUAUAGGAUUACGGACAUAUACGCACAAACUUACUCUUGAUUGCUGAACCUGUUAUCUUCUUCUUCAGUUCGUUGCUGAUGGAGUGGCGUUUAUUAUCACGUGGUAGGUUUAGAUCUGUGAAAUCUGUACAAUAAUUCAGCUCAGUAUCGAGGUUUUCAGUGUUCUGGAUUCUUUGCUGUUUGAGAGCCAGAUUUAUACUGGAGCCCACUUUCGUAACUCUCUCUCCUCUCUCUCUCUCUCUCUCUCUCGCUCUCUCUCUCUCUCUCUCUCUCUCUCUCGUCUCUCUCUCUCUCUCUCUCUCUCUCUCUCUCUCUCUCCUUUUUCUGUGAUUACUUUUUUCAAAAACAUCAAUACAGUCUCGUCUCUUUGUCCUCUGGAAGUUUCGUUUUGCCGUUACUAAUAAUUCCAAAAACUUGAAAAUACUGUUUUAAUUCUACUGUACCAUUUGAAACUUGUGUGGUUUUUAUAUCUAUGAUUUAUUUUAACAUGUGUAUAAUCAUUGUCUGCGAAUCUCUGCGAGUUCUUGCUAUUCAUUCCUAUUAUACGAAUAUUCUAAUCUGUUCAUAAUAUCAUUGAUCACGCAUUUCACUUAUAAAAGCGAGGAGGUAAAGACAUAUCAUCCGUAGAAAAGUAAACAAAAACACACAAAAGAUUCUAUGAGUUCUGUACUUGAAGAGAGAAGAAGAUUUCGUUGUAACUGUUAACAAUAUUCGCUGGGGGUAAAAAUCCUUUGGUCCUCUGGAUGUUUCUUACAAGAUUUUAGGAUUCUUUCUGGAACACCAGACGAUUUUUCCCACUGCUAUUUCCCUGGGUAUUGGUACCGAAGAGUAGAUAUACCCAAUGUACUUGAGGAGAAAAUAGAAACUACUAACUACUAUCAUCAGUUUUUUGUUGUCAAUUAUCGGUUGUUUCGAGUUCAAUCAAAUUGUGAUUUUCACCGGUGUGAGGAAUAAAGAAAAUGACGAUGCUUGUUUUGUAAUAUAUAUAUAUA